UUUACUGGUUUAAUUAAUUUAUCAGGGAAAUGGGUAUUUAAAACUAAAAUUUGUUUAGACUGUUAGUAAUCACCUUUCAUAAGACCUUGUAAUAUUUCUUUGCAUGUUCGGAAAUUUGUGGUGUAUAAAUUUUACUUGAUUUAGUUGGUUGACUUUACUUUAGAUCUUCUUAGACUGCUUUGUUUUUGGUCUUAUUUUCUGGGUUUCAAGUCUUUUGCUAAGUCUCUAAUACUUCAAUUUCAUCAUUUCAUUCCUGCAUGUUGUGAUUUGUUUGUUAUACUUUUUGGGGAUAAACAGAUGUGUUUGUGGUGCAUUUGGUUAUAUAUAUGAUGGUUUAGUUGAAAUGUUACUUGUAAUGGGUGAAUGGGUGGUUUUGUUCCUUGUACUUUGAUGUAUAUGGUAGAGUAUGGAUUCCCAUGAUGGAAAUGGAUCGGCAGAAGCUUUACCUCCACCUCCACCCCCUCCGGCAGAAAUUCCACCCGACGUUGUUCCUAUAAAAGUAGAAGAUCCGCCAAAGAAGAAACGAGUUCCUAUUGCUAGACGCGGUCUUGGUACUAAAGGGCAAAAGAUACAGUUGCUCAGUAAUCAUUUUAAAGUCAGUGUGUCUAAUGUGGAAGGUCACUUCUUUCAUUACAGUGUCAACCUCAUGUAUGAGGAUGGACGGCCUGUAGAAGCUAAGGGCGUAGGCAGAAAAGUUCUUGAUAGGGUUCAGGAAACAUAUGACACGGAGUUGUCUGGGAAGAGCUUUGCUUAUGAUGGUGAAAAGAGUUUGUUUACUGUUGGUGCACUUCCAGGCAAUAAGCUCGAGUUUACUGUUGUUCUGGAUGAAGUCAGUUCAGCUAGGAAUAAUAAUGGUAAUGCAAGUCCUGAUGGGCGUGAUGAUCCAAAUGAGGGUGAUCGAAAGAGAGUACGGCGCCCUUACCAGUCUAAAACUUUUAAAGUUGAACUUAGUUUUGCUGCAAAGAUUCCUAUGCAAGCCAUAGCAAAUGUGAUACGUGGCCAGGAAAAUGAGAAUAGCAUGGAAGCUGUGCGAGUUCUAGAUAUCAUCUUGAGACAACAUGCUGCUAAACAGGGUUGUUUGCUCGUUCGACAGUCAUUUUUCCAUAAUGAUCCGAAGAACUUUGCUGAUGUGGGGGGUGGUGUCCUUGGUUGUCGUGGGUUUCACUCUAGCUUCCGGGGCACUCAGUCUGGCUUGUCUCUGAACAUUGAUGUGUCUACUACUAUGAUUAUUCAGCCAGGACCCGUUGUGGAUUUCUUAAUUGCUAACCAGAAUGUUAGAGAUCCGUUUUCUAUUGAUUGGGCUAAGGCGAAAAGAGUAUUGAAGAAUUUGAGGAUCAAGACGACAACGUCUAACCAAGAAUUCAAAAUAACCGGACUUAGUGAGAAGCCAUGCAGAGAUCAGACGUUUUCACUGAAGCAACGGGGUAAUGAGAAUGGUGAAGCUGAUGCUUCAGAAGUCACUGUUUAUGAUUACUUUGUCAAUCACCGCAACGUAGAGUUGCGCUACUCUGCUGAUCUACCGUGCAUAAAUGUCGGCAAGCCUAAACGACCAACUUACUUCCCACUGGAGCUGUGUUCGUUAGUAUCACUUCAGAGGUACACGAAAGCUUUAUCCACUCUUCAGAGAGCAUCACUCGUGGAGAAAUCUAGACAAAAGCCCCAAGAGAGAAUGAGUGUUUUGUCUCAUGCAUUGAAGGUCAGUAAUUAUGAUGCUGAGCCGAUGCUUCGUUCUUGUGGGAUCUCUAUAAGUAGUUCAUUCACGCAAAUUAAUGGGCGUGUUCUUCAAGCUCCUAAGUUGAAAGCUGGAAAUGGAGAUGAGUUCUUUCCUCGUAACGGGCGUUGGAAUUUUAAUAACAAGAAACUUGUAGAACCUGCUAAGAUAGAGCGCUGGGCAGUGGUGAAUUUCUCUGCUCGGUGUGAUACUAGGAAUCUUGUUAGGGAUCUGAUCAAAUGUGCUGAGAUGAAAGGCAUUGCCAUUGAGCCGCCUUUUGAUGUCUUUGAGGAGAGCCCACAAAACCGACGUGCACCGCCACUUGUACGAGUGGAGAAAAUGUUUGAGGAUGUACAAUCCAAACUCCCUGGUGCUCCUAAAUUUCUCCUAUGCCUUCUUCCGGAGAGAAAGAACUGUGAUCUCUAUGGCCCCUGGAAGAAGAAAAAUCUUGCUGACUUUGGAAUUGUGACCCAAUGUAUGGCUCCCACUCGGGUCAAUGAUCAGUAUCUCACAAAUUGUCUAUUGAAGAUCAAUGCCAAGCUUGGUGGUCUCAACUCAAUGUUGGUUGUGGAGCACAAUCCCUCAAUACCUUUGGUAUCAAAGGUUCCUACAAUCAUUCUCGGUAUGGAUGUAUCUCACGGAUCACCAGGGCACUCUGAUGUGCCGUCAAUUGCUGCUGUUGUGAGUUCAAGGCAGUGGCCAUUGAUUUCGCGAUACAGGGCGUCAGUGAGGACUCAGUCUCCAAAAGUUGAGAUGAUUGACAAUUUGUUUAAACCUGUAUCUGAUACUGAAGACGAAGGAAUAAUGAGGGAAAGUUUGCUUGAUUUCUACGUCAGUUCUGGGAAGAGAAAGCCUGAACACGUCAUAAUUUUUAGGGACGGUGUAAGUGAGUCACAGUUUAAUCAAGUGCUGAACAUUGAGCUCGACAAAAUCAUUGAGUCGUGCAAAUUCCUUGAUGAGAAAUGGAACCCAAAGUUCGUGGUGAUUGUUGCUCAGAAGAAUCACCACACAAAGUUUUUCCAGCCGGGUGCUCCUGAAAACGUUCCUCCAGGAACUGUGAUUGAUAACAGUGUCUGCCAUCCAAGAACUUAUGACUUUUAUAUGUGUGCACACGCUGGAAUGAUUGGUACUACAAGGCCUACCCACUAUCAUGUUCUGCUGGAUGAGGUGGGUUUCUCCCCAGAUGAUUUGCAGGAACUUGUGCAUUCUCUUUCCUAUGUGUAUCAGAGGAGUACAACAGCUAUAUCUGUCGUUGCCCCGGUGUGCUAUGCCCAUUUGGCAGCCACACAAAUGGGACAGUGGAUGAAGUUUGAAGACACUUCAGAGACGUCAUCAAGCCAUGGGGGUAUGACUUCAGCUGGCUCGAUACCCGUGCCACAGCUUCCGAAACUGAAUGAAAAUGUGUCGAGUUCAAUGUUUUUCUGCUGAAAAGGGCUGGUUUGGUGAACCCCGAACCCCAAUUUGGUGUAAAUAUGCGAGGAUUAUGCAAGUGAAGUUUAGCUUUUGUAAGUGAUUUGACACUUUGGUAUUGUAUGCUGCGGCAUGGUAGGCCAUGAAUGAUGCCUUAAGUUAAUGUCGUAAGUUAACGCUACGACAUUUAUGUAAAAAUAGCAAUCGUAGUAGUAUGCUCGGUAGAUGUCGUCUAAGUUAAUGGCAAAUUUUGCCCUAACAGAAUGCUUUGGAUGCUUUUUAACUUCGUUAAAUCGAUUGAAGUUUUCGAUUUCAGUUAAA